AUGGUCCAGAUGAUAUCUAACAUGGUUGGACUCGCCGCCGGACUUGAGAUAAGCAACUCACUGGGCUAUGCAACUGGUCCUGGCAAAGCCAACUGGGCCGCCGCGUCCUACCCGCUGACGCAAGGUACCUUCGUUCUGAUCAGCGGUCGCCUCGGUGCCGUCUACGGCCAUCGACAUGUCCUCAUCGCCGGCGCCGUCUGGUUCGUCAUUUGCUCACUCGCAAACGGCUUCUGCAAGACGUUUGUCACUUUCAAUGUUGUCCGUGCGCUGUCUGGAAUCGGAGGAGCAUUAAUCAUGCCGAACGCUGUUGCUCUGAUCAGUACGACAAUACCACCUGGAAGAUCGAGAAAUGUCACGCUGGGAUUUUUUGGGGCCUCGGCUCCUAUUGGAGGUUACCUUGGUGCUAUUUGGGCUGGUAUUUUCGUUGAAUAUGUGGAUUGGACGUGGAUAUUCUUCGGCUUGGCAAUUUUGGGGACAUUCGUUUUUGGGAUUCUGGCGUUACUUCUCCCAACUGACUCUCCCGUUGACCGAAAAGGGACAAUCGAUUGGGUCGGCGCAUUCCUUGGUACUGGCGGCCUAAUUGCUUUCAACAUUGCUUGGAACCAAGCACCAGCGAGCGGAUGGGAAACGCCUUUCGUAUCCGUUUUGCUCGUUAUAUCAGUUGUCAUGCUCGCUCUCUUUGGGCUCUGGGGGUCAAGGUUCAGCAAGAAUCCCAUCAUACCACUCGGGAUAUGGACAGCACCAUCCUUUACAGCCGUCAUCUUGGUCGUUCUCUUUAGUUUCAUGUCCAACGGCAUCUUCCUCUGGUACAUGGUGGCAUGGCUUCAACUUCUGCGUGGUAAAACCAUCCUCCAGUUUGGCCUUGAGUGGACUCCAUUUGGGAUUGUUGCAACAAUCGGCACGUUCCUCGCAGCAUGGCUGAUUCCACGCCUUGCUGCGCAAUGGAUAUUGGCAAUUGGUAGCGCUGCCAUCUUAGUCGCGAAUUUACUCUUGGCUACGAUGCCGGUCCAGCAGACGUACUGGGCUCAGGUCUUCCCAGCGACGAUAUUCAUGGCCUUCUGUCCAGACUUUGUCUAUGUUGCGGCCCAGAUCGUUGCUAGCAACAGUGUCAAACGCAGUCAGCAGGGCAUUGCUGCAUCUCUCAUUGGCACGCUUAACUUGUAUGGGAACAGUCUCGGCCUUGGAUUUGCGGGGACGAUCGAGACGCAGGUGAACAAAUACCGGGCUGAUCAAGUGCUUGGAUACAGGGCUGCGUUGUAUUUUGGGGCCGGCAUCGCCUUGGUAGCGACCGUGCUGGACUCGCUAUUGGUAAGGGUCGUAAAGGAUGAGAGGGAAGGAUGGACUGAUCCGGCGGACGAAGUAGCAAUCAUGGGGACAGGGUUUGAGGGAGGAUUGUCGACGGCUACUGAGAGAAUCAGGCGGUGA